AUGAUGCAAACGUACGGCAUGACUGAGGCUGCGUGUUGGAUAGCCAUGAACAGGAUUACAGAGCAUGUCGCUCUGACUGAACUUGGUCCCUUGGUCCCUGGACUGGAGGCAAGACUGAUGAACGACGAUCGCACAGAAGCACCUGUCGGGGGCCCCGGAGAACUCUGGCUCCGCGGUCUCAACAUGACCAAGGGUUACUUGGAUAAUGAGAAGGCUAAUACCGAAGCCUUCCCUGAGCCUAAGUGGCUCAACACCGGGGACAUUGUGUCUAUCUCCCCUCAAGGCAUCCUCAAGCUUCAGGGCCGCACAAAAGAGCUCAUCAAGUACAGCGGGUUUCAAGUGAGCCCAAGCGAGCUGGAACAGUACAUCGCCCGCCACUCGGCAGUAGCCGAUUGCGCCGUUACCUAUACAUUGGAUGCCAAUUCCGAAGAGCUGCCGACGGCCUACGUGGUACUGGUGGACGACAUCAAAGAAAGUCCCAUGAAACUGGCCAAGCUUCAAGAAGUCCACGAGAGCGUGGACAGUCAAGUGGCAGGUUAUAAAAAGCUUCGGGGUGGAGUUUGGGAGGUAUCCAAAAUUGCAAGGAACCCCACGUCGAAAAUUGUGAGGAGAGAGCUACGAUCUUACAUCACAGGCCUCAUGUCUAAGCGUGAUUACGCCAGAUCGUCCAAAAUCUGA